GCUCGUAUUAGCAAAAGUCUCUAACAAGUGGUCGCAGCGGGCGAGUUGGAGCACUAAAGUGCGGGUUUCCCUCCAGACACAGCGUGGUGUUGCGUGGUUUCACCCCCAGAUCCGCGCUCCGAAUUCACCAACGCCCGAUGAGUGAUUUUCUUACGCUCCACGAGCCGUUAGAGGUUAAAAUACGUCGUGGGCGUAGCGGCUCCUUGUAAUGGCGACCGUGCCGUAGCUGUGCCCAGGUUUGUGAAAAUGAAGCGAAGAAGAAGUUAUUUCUUUUAAGUGAAACGCCGAGGUUCCCCGGAGGAGGACUGCGCGUCUGCGGCCGUCGUCUCUUAACGUGGUUAACUCUGCCGUACUUCUGAACUCCGCUGCCCUCGAGAUGAUGAAGCUCAAGUCGAACCAAACCCGGACGUACGACGGGGACGGCUACAAGAAGCGGGCCGCCUGUCUGUGCUUCAGGAGCGAGAGCGAGGAGGAGGUGCUGCUGGUGAGCAGUAGUCGACAUCCCGACAAGUGGAUAGUUCCUGGAGGGGGGAUGGAGCCAGAGGAAGAGCCCAAUGUUGCUGCAGCCAGAGAAGUGUGUGAAGAGGCCGGUGUGAAGGGGACUUUAGGUCGCUUAGUUGGAGUAUUUGAGAACCAAGAGAGGAAACACAGAACCUACGUCUACGUUCUUGUUGUAACAGAGGUGCUGGAGGACUGGGAGGACUCUGUCAACAUUGGGAGAAAAAGGGAAUGGUUUAAAAUAGACGAAGCCAUACGAGUGUUGCGGUGUCACAAGCCCGUGCAGGCCACCUACUUUGAGGCUCUCCAGGAGAGUUGCCUCACCAGUAACGGAACACCUUUGGUGACCACGAUAGGUGGGGACCUCUCCCCUACCUACAGCAUCAAUCAGAGCUCCGUCUCUGGUAUCAGAUAACUAAAACCAUAACUCUGACACCCCCUGGAGCUUUUGAGCUUUCGCCACCACUUGCGCUCUUAUUUGUGUCUCUUCUUCUUCUUGCUCUUCUUCUUCUUUUCUUCUUUUUCUUGCUCUUCUUCUUCUUCUUCUUCUUCUUCUUGUUGUUCUUCUUGUCUCAAUAACAUGGUUUGCCUUGCCAACUCCUUUGUGCCAGAACUGUGGCACAGACUUGAUGACAAGUGUUGGGUGAAAAGUCUGAAACACUUUGUAAAUGUAAUUUUUGACCCCCCCUCUUUUGUUUUUCUUUUUACUGACAACUGCAUGAAAUGUCCUCUUGCUCCCUUCAUUCUCUUUCCUUAAAGCACCCUUAGCGUGGUGUUUAUUGAAUGCAAGAACUACUUUUUACUGUUGUAAUGUAAAAGUGUAUACUUAGUGCUUAAGCUGAAGGCUUUUGGUGGUCUUUUUAAUGUCUCCUCCAUUUUUCUUUGGUUAUUUCUCUGUGAAUGAAUGUGCCCAUUAGUGUAGUCCCUCCCCUGUUGUAAGGAUAAGAAGUGCUCUCUGUGUCUGAAUGAACAGAACUGUGGGAAGUGACUUGUCUUGCAUGAGCACCGUUAUGUUGUGUCACGCUCAGUCGAGUGACCUGAUGCUGACUGUGCAACAGAUUUGUGGUAAAGUCUUUUGGAUUAUUUGGAUGAGGUCUCUUCAUUUUGCUACUUAUCGUGGUUGUUGAUGUCUCUCUUAUCAGAAGGAUACGGCCCCUCAGUAGUGUUUCAACUUCAAGUUUGCUCGCUCUUAUUUGGGGAAACAACCCAAGCACUAUAGGUGUCGUUCUCAAACAGAGCUUAUAGACUGUGGAGAGAGUGAAAGAAUGUCAACAUACAAUGUAAAUGAACCACCGUUUUCCUCAGUGUCUUUACCUCCUUUUAAUCCCAUUUUGGUUUCUUUCUUCUUUUUUUUUUUAAGCUUUCUUGUGACUUACUACAAAGUCUUCCUCCACAUACUUAGAAGGUAGAAGCAGUAGAUUUCAAAAUUAUGGACUUGUAACUUCAAAAUGCAGCACAUAUCACUUAAGUUAUUAAAACCCAUUUCCGUAUUUUACUCCUCACAUUCAGUUUGGUUAAAAGCAUUUGUUUACAUUGUGUUCGUAGCACAGGUGACUUUAGUGGGCACAUUUCAUUAUGGUCUUUUUUUUUUUUUUUUUUUUUUUUUUUUUUUUUACCCUUCUGUCCUUAGUAUUUAAUCUGCAUCCCCAAAAACACUCAAAACACCUGCUUGACAUUGAAAGUAAUGGAAUCUAAAAUGCUGUCUUUGGCAAGAUGCAGAACAACAAGCCUUGUACAGUUUGAGACCUCGUUUUUAACAUGUAAAAUGCUUUUGGAUACUUUUUUUUUCUCCUCUCUAACGUCUGGCAAAAGUCUCUUUAACUGAGCUGCGUCACUUGGCCUCUGUGGCACGAGGCAGCUGGCUCAAUACUGUGAAACUGGAGGCGCUGUAGAUAGCAUGUAAGAGGUUUUUAUUGUAAAUUGUUUAUUUCUGUAUAGAUCAAAGGUGAGAGUACAAAUGACUAAACACAUCUUACACAUCAGUGAGUGCUACGUGUCACCCAGGCUGGAAGAUUUGAUUGAGCUCUAGCUGUCGGUUCUGGAGCCGUUUGGACUUUUCUCUUGAGAUAGCGAAGAGAACAUCUGAGGAUAGAAGAGCGAGGAAUGUGGCUGAGAUCGUAGGUGCGAGAAAAGAGCCUUUAAUCAAAAACUCUCAAAAAUUCUUCAGACCAAAUCAAAUUAACGGCAAGAUGUUAGGUUUUCUUUUCCUUAACUUUGGACAAGCUUGGAAAAAGCAAAGUUUCUAAACCUCUAUUCAGUUUAGCACCUGCUGUCUUUUUAUACAAACAGCUGUUCCACUGAUUUUCAGUAUAUUUCCCUCAGAGUGAUUCUUUCAGUAGUUUCUUUCCUAAAAGCUCAAAUAUGAUGCUGUUAUUUUAUGUAGAUAUUUAAACCUGCAACAACUUAUUUUUUGGCCACUUAGGGAUAUUGAAACAAGCUUUAAACCCAACAUUUACAGGGAAACUUAAUUUGGAGACGUGUUUGUGUCCACCUAUUAAACGUAAGUUCAAUAUUCAGUCCCCUUUUACGGCCAUAUUGGUCUCCACCACCCCCUUAAGGUAAUAUCUUGAUUUCUAAGCUGCCCAGUUCUCCACUGCGGUAAUCUGUUUAAUUGUAGGCAAAAUGAGAAUUGAAAUGAUCCAAAACAACCCAUACAAGUAGUGUAUGUAUGUGAGUCACUGUUCAUGUAAAAGAUACAACUCGGCUUUGCAGGUUGGGGGGAAAAAAUAAAUAAAUAAAAAAUUCCUCCGUUUUAUGGCUAAAAUUCAUGGGAAUUGUAGUUUUGGUCCCAUUUAACUCUGAAUAUGACAUAAAACCCUGCAGCAUGAUUCAGGAACUGAUGAAAAAUGACUUUGUGGGGAAAUAACAUGGAGAACUGAAAGUGAGUGGACUAAUGCUAAACUAGAUAAGAGACUGAUAAGACAUUACGAGAGCAGUGGUGACUUCAUCAUCGUAGGAGACCUCCCCGCCCCAGCGAAUUGAGCUUCACACUAACUCCUCAUAUCGGCUUGUGAUAAUCCAGGAAUGAAACAGUUAUUUCCCCUAAAUGACAGUGAAGGUGAAAGACGUCUAAAGUCUCCUUCACAACAGUGGGAGACUUUGAGCUGGUUUUACUGCUGUGUGUCAGAAAGGUGUGGCGGCCAAAGUCCUGCUUUACGAUGCCCCACUCUGCACUUCCUUUGAGAUUUUUGUGUUGAUAAGCGCUUUUAGUCUUCAUCUCAAUGUGCAAUUAGACUUUAAGGGGACAAACCAGUUUGUGGCAUGAGAAACAAAACUUAACCCUCAGUAAUUGGCUUAAUGAUUGAAUUCACUCUCGGUGGUUUGAUGUGGGCGAUAGAUUCUUGGCAAAAUGAAUGUGAGGAGGAUUUCCACAAGUAACAGCCAGUGACUUGAUUAUUAAUGACCACUUGUUCUUUAUCCAUAUUUUUGUUCUGCUUUUUCUUUAAUCUGUUGUGUUGUUGACAAGCUAAUGUCUUGUAUAUAGCUAACACAGCAUCCUUAAAGCCGGAGGACGCACUCUGGCUCUUGGUCAAUAAGGAUUAAGUAAUAAUUUAAUUUCUUUACUUUUUAAACAAGUCCCCUUCAACUCAAAACUCAUGCUCCGUCUCAAAUGGAGUAAUUCAGGCAGUUCAGGAGGGCGUUCGUAAGAGUUAAUGUCUCCAUAUAGUUAAAGUUAAGAUGGAGCAAACAAUUCUACCCUUUUCUAUGAUGUUGAAGCUUGCGAGCUUGGUUAAAACAGAGGAUUUAUUAGUUAAAGAACAAUGGGAUCCACUGAUGAAGUAUAUGUAUCAUCAUGUCCAUUAACUGGCCCCAUCUUGUGGCCAAAGCAAAAACAUAUAAAAAAGCACAUCACUAAACAGCUGAGGAUUGUAAAAAUCAGCUAAAUGACUUAUAGAAAUUGAUUUCCAAAAAAAAUUGCCCCCAAGAAACUUUGCAAUUGAAAAAGAAAAUGAACACGUGCACUUGUAGCUGUCAACCUCAGCCUCGAAGUUACUCGUGAUUGUUUUCUCUGAAGUAUGUGUCACUGGAAUAUUCUUUUCCUCUCUUGUCAUUUGGGACUGUGGAAUUAAACCAGUGCGAGAAGACUGAAGAUUGUAAUAUAAAUGUGCCAACAAAUAAACACCAGUAUUUCACAUUCA